UGUGCGAUAUGCGCAUGCGCGUUGGGUGGUAGUCAAUCUGAGCAGAUACUUUCAGUGUUGUGUUUGGAAUAUGAGUAGCCCAAUAGCUAUUUUCACGGUAACGGUAGCCCUGCUCGGUGUGCACGUGCUGCACGGACUCCCAUACACGUUCUCUCAGCCGAGAAACCAUCAUGGACUCCAGACAGAACCGCAGUUCACCGAGAAGUACUUCCCUCAGACGGUGGACCACUUCAACUUCAACAGCAUGGGGAACGGGACGUUUGAUCAGCGAUACCUGAUCACAGAUAAGUACUGGAUGAAAGGCUAUGGCCCGAUUUUCUUCUACACUGGCAACGAGGGAGACAUCUGGGAGUUCGCGUCCAACUCCGGAUUCAUCACAGAGUUGGCCGCUCAGCUCCGAGCCUUGGUCAUAUUUGCAGAACAUAGGUACUAUGGCAGAUCUCUACCGUUCGGCAAAGACUCGUUCAGCGUUCCUCAGAUCGGCCUGCUGACGGUGGAGCAGGCCCUGGCCGACUACGCUGUCAUGAUCAGGGAGCUGAAGCGGCAGCUGGCAGCCGCAGACUGUCCUGUCAUCGUGUUUGGUGGCAGUUAUGGUGGAAUGCUGUCGGCCUACAUGAGACUCAAGUAUCCAAACAUGGUGGCUGGAGCUCUGGCUGCCAGCGCCCCCGUACUGUCCACCGCUGGGCUGGGACACUCCGAACAGUUCUUCAGGGAUGUUACAGCUGACUUUGAGAGCGUUUCCUCUGAAUGCAGAGACGCUGUGAGAGGAGCAUUCCAUCAGCUGACAGAAUUAGCCCAACACAAAGAUUACAGUCGCAUCCAGUCAGAUUUGUCCCUGUGCAAGCCUCCAUCAUCUGCUCAGGACAUCCACCAGCUGAACGGGCUGCUGAGGAACGCCUUCACUCUCAUGGCCAUGCUGGAUUACCCCUACAGCACCCACUUCAUGGGGAGCAUGCCCGCCAACCCGGUCAAGGUGGCCUGUGAAACCAUGCUGAGUGGACCUGAUCUGCUCAGGAGCCUCAGGAACACUGCAGGGAUUGUGUACAACUCCACGGGGCUGCUGCCCUGUUUCGACCUGUACAGUCUGUAUGUGGAGUGUGCUGAUCCCACCGGAUGUGGACUGGGUCCCAACAGCCUGGCCUGGGACUAUCAGGCGUGCACAGAGAUAGAUCUGUGCUACGAGAGCAACAAUGUGACGGACAUGUUUCCUCCCAUGGCCUUCAGCGAGACGGACCGCCAGCUCUACUGCGCCAAACGCUGGGCCGUGGUUCCACGACCGGACUGGCUCAAAACCCAGUUCUGGGGUGACGCCCUCUCCACAGCCAGCAACAUCAUUUUCUCCAAUGGAGAUCUGGACCCAUGGGCCAACGGAGGGGUGCGUAAGUCCUUGAGCUCAUCACUGAUAGCCAUCAACAUUUCCGGAGGAGCCCAUCAUCUGGAUCUGAGAGGAUCUAAUGAUGCUGAUCCAGCGUCAGUAAUCAGCGCCAGGAAGACAGAAGCAGACCUCAUCACACAGUGGGUGAAGAUGGAGUGGACCAGAUUACAGCGCUCACUCUAAAGCACGGGUUCACCUUGUGUAUCAGGACUGGGGACGUUGAACAGCAAGUCCACCUCCACCUUCCAGUCUGCAUGCUAAGUGGGUGUAGGACAUGUAGUGUGUUCCACAUGAACAAAGCACAGCAGGGAUGGAGGAGCAUCCAAACGAAUCAUGGACGAUCCAGGAGAAUCUUUGAAUAGAAAAAUGAGCUCCAUCAUGUUUCCAAACGCCACACAGGCGACCGCAUUACAAAGAAGGCAGAUAACAUUAAAAUGUUCAUAACCAUAAUCAACUACUAUUGAGCGGUCAAAAUAGUUGCUGCUUCUUCUCCCUGGUUGACUUAUUCCACCUCGACACUGUAUACUUGUAUUAGUAAAGCGCUAAUCUUGUUCAUCUUCUUCUGGUUUCAGAUCAUUGAGCUAAAAAGAUACAGAUCAUUGCUGGAGCUGCAUGAGAUUAAAUUAAAGAGCUGAAGAUUAUUCAUUUACAGUAUGUCAGAUAUAAGGUUUGAUUUGUUAUUAGCACUUCUGUAACUGCUCUCAGUAAAUGAAGGGCGGCAGUGUUCUGUGUUUCCAUAUCAGGAAACGACAGCAACAUGUGCACCAGAUGUACCACCAUGACCACAUCACUGCACAGAUGUUUUCCUGUUAGUCUGACUCCUUUUCACUUCCUUCUCUGCAAUAAAGCUAAUUCAACUUAGUUCAGACUCAGUUACUAUGGCAAUUUAUGCUGGGAAGCUAAAGACCUAAAGACCAACUGUGAACAAAUCAGAACAGAAAUAUAGGAUAGGAUACCAUGUUGUCUCUUUUUUAACCUGACUUUUAUUUCAUUAAAUUAUAAAAA